AUGACUGUCAACUCCCUCUGGAUGAUGCGGUUGUUAUCUGAAUUUGUCGGCGAAAUUGUGCCUCCCCGCUACGUACUUUUCGUGUUGCGCGCGCUUUCGACAGAGAACUUCAACUUUCUCUUUGACACCAUGAUCGGCCACAUCAAACCCGUGCUGUUACCGGGACAUGAAGUGGUGUACAGAUGUCUCACGAUCAGACCUUGGUAUCUUCGUCAUCCUUCGACCGAUCUUGGCCCUAAAGAUUUCCACCAAGCUCUCCAAAUCGUCACCUCGAUAGGAGAGCCGAAGAAACUGGGAGAGGUAUCGACGCAGCGACACGUUUUCUGGGCCGCGGUAUCGAUUCUCAUCAAUGUUUGGCUCAAGGGCGAUCCCUGGGGAGCGCCGUUGGGAUCUGCCAUGAGCGCUUUCUUUGACGUUUUGAGCUCGGCGCUCACCGUCGAGAUUAGACGUUCGCUCGACCCGGAGCCGCAGCGGUACGCUCACACGAACAUCAAUGAUGAAGGGAAGAACGGACCAGCCGAUAUCGAUUUCAGAGUUCUCAUCCACUUUAUAAGAGCCCACAAACGCAUGUCUCCGGAUCGCUCCGCGGCUGUCAUCCGCCGUAUCCUGGAGGGACACCAUCGUGGCUGGGAAAGGGAACGGAUAGAGCUGGCGUUCAAAGAGAUAUCUGACGGGUACCCAAUGUGGGGCGAUCCGCGCUGGGCAUUCACCAACAUGGCCCACGUCUACGAGUACUUCCGUUUCGACCCAACCGCUCCAGCAUCCUGGCAGGAGCCCCACAGUGGCGACGUCGCCAUGCCAUCCCCGUCACCUCUACCCGCUACGUCGUCUCAACGCGUUCCGGACGAAGCGGUGCUGCCGAACGAUGACCGACCGAGCGCUUCGUCUACUAGAUCUCCGUAUCGGGUCGCGAUCCCGUCUCCUCUCCCAGCUUCAGCGCCAAGAUUGGACGGGACUGCGGUUGCAUAUGGCGCAACGGACGUAGCUGUCGAUACGCCGUCUGUUUCGACGCCCGAUGGUGGACGGCCCGAAGUCUCGGCCCAGAGAGAAGGGACGGACGCCUCAAAUCUCGAGGCACUUAAGCCUGCAGAGCGCGAAGAAGCAGAGCCGGACGUCCUCGCCGCCGAUGGACAUCCCGAGCGUUGA